AAAUUCCCUCAUGCACUUCACCUGGUGAUCCUUAAGUAAUCACUCGCACCUGUCCCCAGUUCCUUUGUCAUUUGCCAGUGCGUUGUUUGUGCUCGUAGAGUUCACGUCUGCCACAGGCGGCGUAGAGCGGGGCAUGUCAUUUAAUCUUCACUCUGUGACGUGUGAAACAGGAAACGCAAGAUUAUUCGCUGGCAUUUCUCAGAAACGAUUUCUCAAUCGUAAGCAGAGAUUAAUAAAUGACAAGAAGAUGAUAAACAAGAAGAGGACACCCGACGUCUCCCCUUCAAACAUGACUGAUGGCUCGCCCUCGCUGUUUAAGUCUCUUUGCCUGCACGUCUAUGCUGCUGCUGCUGCUGUUGAUUUCUUGUUCCUUCUUCCAUGAUACGGCGGCGUUCGAGUGUCCGAGUGUCGUCCAUAAACGAGUGGGAGACACCGUGGAGUUUUCCUCGUGUUUACCACCUGAAGGCGUCACCAAUGCUCUUUGGACGUAUCAAGAUGAGAUAGUUGCAGAGUUGCAUGAAGAUCGAAAAGGAUUUGAACGUUAUCAGUUCAAAGGCAGAGCGAGUCUGAACCCUGCAAACUUGAGUCUAACAGUGAGACGUCUGACUCUUCAAGAUUCUGGCGUUUACCGUUUUUACUCCGAAGUAAACAACGUCACCAUCACUCUGCACGUUCACGCGUCCCUAACUCCGCCCGUCCUGACUGUCGCCUCCACGUGGAACGCCUCAUCUGAGUCCUGCACAGUUUUGCUGGAUUGCAACUCGCCGUCUGGCGGUGAAGUCACCUACAACUGGACUGUGAAGAACCAGACCCUCAGCGGCUCCAGGCUGCAGUUCACCAUCCGGCCACAGGAGGCCGAAACCACAUUCACCUGCACCGUAUUUAAUUUUAUCAGUGAACAAUCUGCCUUGAUAACGGUGAAGUGUAAUGGCAACGACAACAUGAUAGAGGACAGCUCUCCCAGUCUUCUUCUUCUCCCACUGAUGAGUGGGCUGAUCAUCGGGAGUUUGAUGAUCAUUCUCCUGCUGCUCCCGCUGGUUUUCUGCUCGCAGUCGAAAGGUGGAUAUCGCAACAGGAUGAAUCAGUCACAGUCGGUCAACCAGGAUGAAACCCAGCAACACGUGUACUCCUCUCUUCUCCACGGUGAUGGCUCUGUGUACGAAAUGCUAAGAGUCUCUGAAAAUGCUGGAAACACUGUAUUACGUCUGGAAUGAGAGCAGGAAAUAACUGGAUGGACGGAAACUGUAAUUUGCAGGACUUUAUUGUCUUUCUUUGUUGUUUGUUUUAGUGAACAUGGAUUUGCUCAUUUACAAACCUGGAAAAAAUAAUGGAAUAAUGGUUUGUUUCUGGGAUUUGGUUGUAAGGUAAUGAUACUUUAACAAUUACUUUUUCGAACCCCAUUUCAUAUUGAUGAAUUAACAUGAGUCCUGGUCCUGGAAGGAGGCAAAAACUGAUUUUGGCCACCUAUAAAGGAGGUCACUUAAUGAAAUAUGCACCUGCUCAAGUCCUAAGAAUAUGUUUGUCACUUUAUCUUGCUGUAAGACGAGCUUUUCUGACUAGAAAGUGAAGUUUAUAAACUGCUCACGCUCCUGCACCAAAGUCCAUAGAGAAAAAAAUCAGUAUUUUUAGCUUACAGGGAAACACUGGAGCUGCUGGUCUACCGCUGCCUCUUGUGGGAAGUUCGUGUCACUUCAGUCAAUCCGUGUAAAGGAUUUCAAACACAGAAAUCACAAAGCAAUGCAUUUGAAGUCAAUGAUAGAAGCAGCAGUGGGACGACAACUCCUGUGAGCUGUGAUGUAAAAUCACUUAUUUUCUCUAUGGACUUUGGUGUGGGCAAAAUUUAUUGACUUAAGUCUUGUGAAGUUAUUCUUUUGAUAAAUGGUUUUAUUUUUGUUUUCAAUACACGCACACGCACAACCACACUUCAAAAAACAUGAAUUAUUCCUUUAAUGUUAAAGCCUUUUUUUGUGCCAAAGUUAGUAUACGUCGUCAUUUUUCGUUUUCGUGUGAGUAUUUGUGUCAUGACGCAUGUUUAUGCUUUUCAUUUUACAUUACACCGUAUGUAGCACUGAUUCCCAAAGUGUGGGGCGCGGCCCGGUGGUAGACCGGGAAGGCUCUGCACGUGGGCCGCACAUGGUCAUACAUCAAAGUUUUUAAAGUUCUCUGCUGUGUUUUGUUGCCUCAAAUUAUGCAAGUUGAAAAUAUGGAAUUUUUAGUUUUUAUUUACUGAGUUUUUACUUUAAAAAUGUAUUCUUUUAGC